UGUAAUAAAGCUAAACCUAAUAUAGCAAAUUUAUUUGAAUUAUAAUAAUGAUAAUAUCAUUAUUUUGGACAUUUAUCAUGGCGGUUAGCGCGGUACAUUGCGGUUUUGUUAGUGAAAACUACGUUAUCGAUAUGCCAGAUAUCGACGCCCCGAAGGCUGACACCACACCCUUCCAAAUUUACUGGAAUGUUCCAACCAAACAGUGUAAAUCCAAAAAUAUACCCUUUGACGAUUUAUUACGUAAAUUUAAAAUAUCCUAUAAUAAAAACGACAGAUUCGAAGGCGAAACGAUAACAAUAAUUUAUAAUGUGGGCUUAAUACCAGCUGUUUUAAGAAGAGACGGUGGAAAAUUCUCGGUUCGUAAUGGUGGACUGCCUCAGGAGGGGAAUUUGGAGCUGCAUUUGGCUGCACUUAGAGAAACUAUCAUAAGAUUGAUUCCUGAUCCAGAUUUUAACGGAGUCGGUGUAUUGGAUAUGGAGGACUGGCGCCCGAUAUUCCGACAGCAAUGGGGCAAUCUGGCGCCUAUCUCUGACUUUUCACUUAGUAUUGAGAAGAGGAAAUAUUGGUGGUGGCCUGCUUCAUGGCAAAAAAUGGAGGCGACAAAAAGGUUUGAAGAUGCUGCAAGAGUAUUUAUGGAAAAAACAUUGUCUACAGCAAAGCAAAUGAGACCAAAAGCAGUCUGGGGUUACUAUGGAUUCCCCUAUUGUUUUAAUAUGGAAGGCAAAAAUAUUGUAGAGCACUGUUCGAAAGAUAUUAAAGCAGAAAAUGAUAGAACUUACUGGCUAUGGGCCGAAAGCACAGCUCUCUAUCCAUCAGUAUACACUAAAUCCAGUAAUUCAACAUCUGAGAUUGAGAAGCUUGUGAGAGGUCGACUCACUGAAGCCAAUAGAUUGAAGAAAGCAGGGGACCUAGUUAUACCUUAUUUCGGGAUUACGUAUAGAAACGGAGGCUUCACUAAAGAGAAGGACGUUAUUGCAGUACUUGAAAUUUUACAGAAAAAAAAUGCAUCUGGUCUUAUUGUAUGGGGAGCUUCAGCUAAUGUUGAUACAGUUGACAAAUGCAAGCAAUUAUAUAAUUAUGUAAAUAGUAAAUUUGGACCCAUUGCGAAGAAAUAUAUACAAAGAAUCAAUAAAUUACGCGAAAAUAAAAUACAAACACUUUCUAUAAAUAUAGAUGACUCUAAUGAUUCUCUAAAUAAUUCCACUAAUGUUAUAACUACGACACAUACAACAACUUUGAAAUCAAGUGAAGACAAUAAUGUCCAUGAAAAUAUACCGGCUACACAAAUAUCAAAGAAUAUAUCACAUAGCAAUGAACUGGAACUUCCACUGAAUAAAUAUUUUUACGAGACUGACGACAGUAAAAUAGACUCUCAAGGUAUCAAGGAAAGUGGUAUAUGGAAUAUAUCUGAAAAUAAGUUAACCGAUGUUUUGAAUAAUAAAAAUGAUAACCUUAUAACGUUAUUCGAAACGACGAAUAAUAAUGGAAGUUAUAAUGAUAAUCAAUUAAAACUGUCUACAAGCAAUUUGACGAAGUUUGUAAAUCUAUUAAACACUAAUUUUACCCAAAAUAAUGUUGAUAAGGAACAGCACUUUAACAAAUAUUAUUACGAGAAUAAUGCCAGUGGAGUAGAGCUUAAUAACACUAAUGAAAGUGAUAUCUGGAGUAUAGUAAAAUACGUAACAAAUUUUGAAAAUGGAAGCAUUACUGAAACAGUUAUUGAACAGUUGAAUGAAAAUUCCAGAAUUAUGGUCCAAAAUCACACAGAUCGAAACUUGAACUCAUCAACAACUACUAAUGCAACCUCUAAUAACGACAGUAAAGAAUGUAAAAACAAGAGUGAAACCUUUUCGAUAACAAUUGAAUGUACAACUUCAUCUUCUAAUGUAACAAAAAAUAAUACACAAACAUAUCCUUUGAAUGAUUUAAUAAAAUCAAAUCAAAAUACAAAUCCAGCGAACAUAUCAGUCAUUGAUAAUUACACAGAAAUUACUCCAGACAUUAAAAAAAAUAUAGAACAGGGGGAGCAACUAAACAAUUCUUUUUACAAGACUGAUAACAAUAAUGAAGAACUCAAGAACUCCAGUGAAAGUGAAAUCUGGAAUAUCGUACACUACGAGAUAAGUUCUGAAAAUGAGAUCAUUGUUGAAAGUAUUCAAAGUAUGCAAAAUUCAUCAAUUAAUAGCAAUCACACUGAAAUUGCUCUGGAAGAUGUUGAUUCUACAAGUGUCCUAGAGUUUACCUCCUCUACACCGAACACUUCGAAACCCAAUUCACAAAAUUUCAAACAAGCUAGUAGAGAAAACGAUGUAUCAGACUACUUUAUAACAGUAGGAUCUGAUUCUACAAGUCUGAUAAAUGCAUCAAUAAGUGAUGUCGAAACCGAUAUAAAUCUCAAAAAUUCUAGCAGUCUAGAAAUAAACAUACUUCCACCAAACAGUUAUUCGAAAAACAUUUCACAAAAUGUUAAAGAAGAAGAACAACUCCUUAAUAACACCUCUUAUGGUGUAUCCGGCUUUUUAACCACAUUAAUAGAAGAUAAUACGAACUCUAUGAAUGCAUCAUUGAAUGAUACUAAAACUAAAACCAGCCUGGAAAAUAAAGAACAAUUUAGUAAAAACAUAUCGUACCCUAACAUUGAAACGACAACUAUUGGAGUAAAGAAUGUGUCCGACUAUUUAGUGAUAUUAGCAGAAGAUUUUACUAAUCCUAUAAACACGUCAAUGACUAGUAAUGUCUAUGAAAUAAUUAACAAUUUUCCGGAAGAUCUUGCACAAAAUGUAGAACAAGAAAAGCAACUUCUAAAUUACACGUCUUAUACAAAUAUCGAAGAAAAUCAUGUUCCCGGACUUUUAACACCAUUAAUAGUCGAUUUUAAUAACAAUAUGAAUGCAUCAUCAAUCAAUGACAAUGGCACUAAAAUUAAUCUCGAAAAUAAAGAUCCAUUUACUAAAAAUAAAACCUUCGCUUACAUUGAAACAACAACUUAUGGAGUUAAAAAUGUAUCCAACGAUUCAAUAGUUUUAUUAAAAAAUUGUCCUAAUCUUUCAAACACGUCUAUUAAUGGAAAUGGCACUAAAUUAGAUCUCGGAAAAGAAAAACAAUUUACUAAAAACAUCACUUAUUCUAACAUCGAAACAACAACGAGUGGAGUAAUCAAUGUUACCGACUAUAUAAUUAUAUUAGCAGAAAAUUUCACUAAUCCUACAAACUCGUCAAUGACUAGUAAUCUUGAUGUAAUAAUAAACAAUCAUUCGAAAGAUUUUUCACAAAAUGUUAAGCAAGAAGAGCAACGAAUCAAUCACACCUCUUUUCAAAACACUGAAGCCAAGGGUAAUGGAAAAAGUGAUGUAUCUGGCUUUUUAACAACAUUAACAGUAAAUUUUCCUAACUCUGUAAAUGCAACAAAAAAUGACAAUAACAUUAAAAUUAAUCUUGAAACUACAGAACAAUUUACGAAAAACACCACCUAUCCUAACAUUGAAAACACAAAAUAUGUAGUUAAUAAUGUGUCAGACUAUUCAAUGAUCUCAGCAGAAGAUUUAACUAGUCGAAUGAAGACUUAUCCUAACAUUGAAAAAACUACUAAUGAAGUAAACAAUAUUACGGACUAUUCAAUGAUAUUAGCAGGAAAUUUUUCUAGUCCUAUGAACUCCUCAAUGACUGAUAAUGCCAAUGAAAUAAUAAAUAAUUUUCCGAAAGAUUCUUCACAAAAUGUUAAUCGAGAAGAACAACUCGAAAGCAACAGCUCUUUUUUCAACGUAAAAGAAAAAGCUAAUAGGAAAAAUGAUGUGUCCGAUUAUUUGAUAACAAUAGCAGAUUUAAAUAAUAUUGUGAAAACAACAACAAAUGCUAAAUAUAUUGAAACAAAUCGAGCAAAAUUUAGCGAUAAUAACGACGUAUCCGACUAUUUAAUAACUUCAAAAGAAGAUUUUACUUAUUUUGUAAAUACCCCAUUGACUGGUAACGCAGGUGAAACAAAUCUUGAAAAUGAAGAAUCUAUUAAAAACACCACUGUUGAUAACUUUGAAGCUAGUGAAGAAAACGAUGUAUCAGGCUAUUAGUAUUAACUGUACUUGUUCUUUUAGGAUGUCAAUAAAUGGUAGUAUCCUAAGUCCUUGAAUUU